AUGCUGGCACAAGGGGGUUUCAUCCUGGGCAUGGGGUCCGACAUUGCUGGCAGCAUCCGCAUACCAGCCAGCUUUUGUGGGGUCUGUGGCUUCCGGACCACGGGAUACCGCCUCAGGUACUUGGUGCUGGUGAUGGGGGGCGGGGGGGCUCAGCCCAGCCUAGGGGAACAGAAGUCUGGGGGAGUAGAGGGGCCUGCUUGGCACAUCAACUCUUAUCCACUCACCUCAGUACUAGGGGAAGUGGCUAAAGCUAAGAGUCUCCUGUCAGGCACCGAGCUGCUUUGGCUGGUGUGCCAACUCUGCCUGUCCCCAACCCCUGACCCAGUGACUACAGUGGCUGGCCCCAUGGCCCGGGAUGUGGAGAGCCUGGUGCUGUGUAUGCGAGCCCUGCUAAGUAAAGACAUGCACCGAUUGGACCCCACUGUGCCUUUCAUGCCCUUCAGGGAGGAGGUAUACUUCAGUAACCAGCCCCUUCGAAUUGGCUACUGUGAAUCAGAUGGCUUCACCCAGCCAACUCCUAGCAUGGCCAGGGCCAUGAGGCUCACCUCCAGGCUGCUCCAGGAUGCAGGACAUCAGGUCAUCCCCUUCUCCAUCCCCCGUGUAGAGUAUGCUGUCGAACACCUGUUCGUGGGACAUCUGUUUGCCGAUGGAGGGGCCACCCUUCUGGAGAAGAUGUACAUUUGUCAGGACUCAGAUGUAGGGCAUGGGGCUGGGGACAGGGCUGGUGGUGACCUGAGCCCUAGGAAGGGACUGUGUGGGCCUGGGCUGGUGGGAUGCCUCUGGUUAAUUGUGUGACCUUAAACAGCAAGUCAGCAACCCAGGCCCCGUCUUCAGGAUGUGCGUGUUCCAGGGGUGGUGCUGGUGGGAACAGAAGUGUUUCUUUGGGUCUCACCUCCUUCCAUGGCUUCCCUCUGGAGUGGGAGUUGGGUGGGGAUGAGAGCCAGUUGAUGGCUGAAAUGCUGUCACUGACCGGAUACGCGUCUGUGGUUCCUCAGUGAGGGGGACAUUGUGGACCUUUGCAUAAAGACAAUGAUCAAUACGCUCCGCCUGCCAGACCCUCUCAAGUGUUUCUCAGCCUAUAUCCUGAAGUACAUAGAUCCCCGACCUAGCAAGAAGUUGAAAGAGAUUCGUGGAAUGGGCUGAGUGCUAGUCUCCUCAGG